AUGGACGAAGCGGACCCCGGGGAUCACGCAACCGCGCCCCUCCCGGCUCUCCAAGCUCCGCUCUGGCCCGGGGCGGGGCCGGGGGCGGGGCCGGAGGCGGACCGGGGUGGGCGGGCCCGGGGGGGCGGGGCGGGGCGGGCGGCGGCUGCGGCGGAGGCUGGAGAAAAGUUGUCCUGGCCAGAGCGCGCGCUGCCGCGGGAUCCAGAACCGCCGCGGCGCCACGGCGGGGGCAGGCGAGACCACCGGAUCUGCAGCCGGGCCGGCCGACUCGCAGCCGGGGGUCGCCCCGGGGCAUGGGACAGCCGGCGGGGACCGCGGGCCGGCGCUGCGCCCCAGGCGGGCGGAGGGCGGCCUGAGCUGCCGGGACGCAGGAUGCGCUCCGAGGGCGCGGCCCACGGGCCGGUGGCGCCGCUGUGCGGGGCGCUGAGCCUGGUGCUGGGCGCACUGCUGGGCAAAGUGAUCGAGGGCCGAGGGGUCACAGACAACGUUCCACGGUUCUCCUCUCUGCCACCCUUCCUGCCCGUGAGCUACCGCAUCCUCGGAGCGGAGACCUCCUUCUUCCUGAAGGAGGCCCACCAGGACGUCAUGCGCAACUCCAGCCUGCACACCAGGGUUGAGUCCUUCUUCACCUACAAGGCCAAGAGGCCCCCGGUCCUCAACGCCAGCUACGGGCCCUUCUCCGUGCAGAAAGUCGUGCCUCUGGAGCUGAUGGUCACUUCGAACUUUCUAGGUCCAACCAGUAAGUUCGGUCUCAACUGGAAGCUGAAGGCGCACAUCCUGCAGGACAAGGUGUACCUGAGCCGGCCCAAGGUGCAGGUGCUGUUCCACCUGCUGGGCCGGGACUGGGCGGCGCCGAGCCCCGGCGAGAGGCUGCCGUGCCUGCGCCUGUUUGCCUUCCGCGAGACCCGGGAGGUGCGGGCCGGCUGCCGGCUGCAGGGGCCCCUGGGGCUGUGCGUGGCCGAGCUGGAGCUGCUGGCCGCCUGGUUCGGGCCCCCCAGCGUGGUGGCCGGGAGGAAGAAGGCGCCCGGGCCGCCCGAGGGGAGCCCCGUGGAGCUCUACUACUCCGUGCAGCCGGGGGACGCGCGCGCGGACUGCGCGGGCGGCGACGUCCGGAAGGGCAAUGCCAUCCGGCCGGGGAGGGACGGGCUGGACGAGGCCGUGCCGCACCUGCAGAGGAUUGGUGCUGUGAGCCUCUACCGGGCCCAGGACACAGCCCAGCUUAGCGAGCUGCGUCUGGACAGCAACGUGGUCAUCUGGUUGCCCUCCCGGCCAGUCAAACAAGGAGAUGUGGUCACUGCCUACGUCACCGUGGCCAGCAAUUCCACCGUGGACCUCUUCAUCCUGAGGAUCAAGGACUUCUACGUCGUCGUGGUCCCUGAUGUCAUGAAAUCCUCUAUCGAGAUAUGGACCUUCAGCUGCUGGGGGAACCCCCAGAUCUGCUUCGUUGGACAGGUGGUGCUGUUUUCUGUAUUUGCCAUCAUCUCCGGCAGGAACGGUGGUGAGCUCCUGCACCGGCUGGCUGUGCUCUGA